CCUUUUCUCAGAUCUCUAGGAAAAUUUCUCAGACUUCAGAGCAUUUUGGUGGUUUUGUUUGCUUGGUUUCUCGGGAAAAAUUCUCUUCACACACACUAUCAUAGUUUUCUUCUCUCUCUCUCUCUUCUCUUUCUUCUCGUUUAGUCACUAGCACUCAUUCUCUGAAUGCUUAUUCUCUUUCUAAGCUUGUCUUCUCCCUUCAUUCACUCCAUUCGAUUUGAAAAAGAUUGCUCAAGGUAGCUUCUGUGUCUGAAAAAGACAGGUGAAGUUGAAGAUAGGAGGGAGAUAGGGGAGACAAAGGCAAAGUCUUUCAUUCACAUUUGGGAGAGAGAGAGAAAAUGAGUUUGUGGGAGUUCUGAGAAUUACUUUUCCAGAUAGAAAAGCUGAUUUCUUUAAGAGGGAAUAUUGCCAUGGAAGGUGUGAGAUUAGAGUUUCUGGUUUUAGCAUGGUUCCUUGUUGUCACUUCUGCUACACUUUCUCCAACUGGUGUUAACUAUGAAGUGACUGCUUUGGUGGCUAUAAAGAAUGAACUGAAUGAUCCCUACAAUGUUCUUGAGAAUUGGGAUGUGAAUUCAGUUGAUCCAUGUAGCUGGAUAAUGGUCUCUUGCACUGAUGGCUAUGUCUCUACACUGGGUUUUCCUAGCCAAAGCUUAUCUGGUACAUUGUCUCCUAGAAUCGGUAACCUUACCUAUCUACAAUCUGUGUUGUUGCAAAACAAUGCAAUCUCUGGUCCAAUUCCUGAUACAAUUGGGAGGUUGGAUAAGCUUCAAACUCUCGAUCUUUCCAACAAUUCAUUCACCGGGGAUAUCCCAGCCUCACUUGGAGAACUCAAGAACUUGAAUUACUUGCGGUUAAACAAUAACAGUCUUUCAGGAACUUGCCCUGGGUCUCUAUCCAAGAUUAAGGGACUUACUCUAGUCGACAUUUCGUAUAACAAUCUUAGCGGUUCACUGCCAAAAGUGUCUGCCAGAACUUUCAAGGUAAUCGGAAACGCAUUAAUCUGUGGCCCCAAAGCUGUUGCAAACUGUUCUGCUGUCUUACCCGAGCCUCUCACGCUUCCACAAGAUGUUCCAUCAGAAGAAUCAAGAACUCAUACCAAUAGCCAUCAUGUAGCUGUUGCAUUCGCCGCAAGCUUCAGUGCAGCAUUUUUUGUUAUCUUUACCAGUGGAAUGUUUCUUUGGUGGAGAUAUCGACGUAACAAGCAAAUAUUUUUCGACGUUAAUGCAGAACAAUAUGAUCCAGAGGUGAGCUUAGGACACUUGACGAGGUAUACCUUCAAAGAGCUUAGAUCCGCCACCAAUCACUUCAACUCGAAGAACAUUCUCGGAAGAGGUGGUUACGGGAUUGUGUACAAAGGACACUUAAGUGACGGAUCAAUAGUGGCUGUAAAGCGUCUCAACGACUGUAACAUUGCAGGCGGAGAAGUUCAGUUUCAGACAGAAGUAGAAACUAUAAGUCUUGCUCUUCAUCGCAAUCUCCUCAGGCUUCGAGGUUUUUGUAGUAGCAACAAUGAGAGAAUCUUGGUCUACCCUUACAUGCCUAAUGGAAGUGUUGCCUCACGCUUAAAAGAUUAUAUCCGGGGAGAACCAGCGUUAGACUGGUCGAGAAGGAAGAAGAUAGCAGUUGGUACAGCAAGGGGAUUAGUGUACCUCCAUGAGCAAUGUGACCCCAAGAUUAUACACAGAGAUGUGAAAGCAGCUAACAUUUUGUUAGAUGAAGACUUUGAGGCAGUUGUUGGUGAUUUCGGUUUAGCCAAGCUUCUAGACCAUAGAGACUCACAUGUGACGACGGCGGUUCGGGGAACUGUUGGUCACAUUGCACCUGAGUACUUGUCCACUGGUCAGUCCUCGGAGAAGACUGAUGUUUUUGGCUUUGGUAUACUACUUCUUGAGCUCAUUACGGGUCAGAAAGCUCUUGAUUUUGGCCGUUCAUCACACCAGAAAGGGGUCAUGCUCGAUUGGGUGAAGAAGCUGCAUCAAGAAGGGAAACUAAAGCAAUUAAUAGACAAAGAUCUUAAAGACAAGUUCGAUAGAGUGGAGCUCGAAGAAAUAGUUCAAGUUGCUCUUCUCUGCACUCAGUUCAAUCCAUCUAAUCGACCUAAAAUGUCAGAAGUUAUGAAGAUGCUUGAGGGCGACGGCUUGGCUGAGAGAUGGGAAUCGUCGCAGAACGGUGGGGCGGAGUCACUGCCACCGCCGCUGCCUUCGGGGAUGGUGAGUUCUUCUUCGCCGCGGAUGAGGUAUUACUCCGAUUAUAUCCAAGAAUCAUCUCUUGUCGUCGAAGCCAUUGAGCUCUCUGGUCCUCGAUGAAGAGUGGUGAAAAUUUCACUUCUUUUCUUUCUUGGUUUCGUUUUCGUUUUGUUUCGUUCUUUUUAUUUUUUACUUAUAAAAAUGGUUAUAUAGCUGUGGAAUCGAGUGUAAUUUCCUGUAAAAAAUAUUAGCUGCAGAAGAAAGUGUUUAUUCUAAGUUAAACAAUGUUUACUCUACCGUAUCUCAAAUGUCCCAAAUUGCAGCUGAUGCCUAGAUCAAGUCAAUCGGAGUCACAAUCAGAUUUUGGUUGGAUUCACUGAAUUUCGGAUUCAUAAAUUUU